AUGAAUCGGAUUCGCAACAUAGUGCAUACCGCCAGCCGCCUGUCUCCCAUAGGCAGGAUUGCCGCCAGAAGCGAAUCGUCUGAAACUCGCACGCAGUAUUUUGAGCAACGAGAAUCGCCUUCCGUUUUAGCCAUAGGUGGGGAACACAAGCCCGGGCUGGAGAAUGUUCAAGGCGUCAGGAGGCCCAAGUCAAAGGGCAAUCAAUCUGAUUUCAUCUCGACAUGUCCCACCAACCAAAACCCGGGACAGGAUAUGCUGCGCCCUUCGAUGGUGCGGGUGGGAGGGCCACUGAAGUCAGCGAAGUCCAAACCUGGGGGCUACGGCCAAUUUGGUGGGCGAUUCGUACCAGAACCUCUGAUGGGAUUUCUUCACGAGCUCGAACUCGCAAUUGAAGCCGCCUGUUCAGACCCUUCUUUCUGGACCGAGUAUCAGGCGUACCAACGUGCGCAACCUACCCCGCUGUUACCAGCCUAUAACUUGACUGGUCUAGCCUCUGGAACGGACGAAUAUGGCUCUGUGGCGACAAUCUGGUUGAAGCGAGACGAUGAGAAUGAAUACGGCACCCAUAAGACCCGCAAUAUAGUCGGGCAGCUUUUAUUAGCCCGCCGACUUGGCCGCAGGAAGAUUGUCACCGACUGCGCGUCAGCGAAACAUGGAAUCUUUACAGCGAAAAUGUGCAAACAACUCGAGCUUGAAUGUGUGAUCACCAUAGGUGCGGCGGAUGCUCUGGCUCAGGUAGAUGGUAUCCAUGCGAUGGUAAUGCUAGGCGCCAGAGUGCUUACGGCGAGUCCACCAAGCGGCAAUGGAACACUACGAGCUGCAGUCAAUGAAGCAAUUCGUUAUUUAGCCAGCAACCAUGACACCGCAUAUUAUCUUCCUGGUGGUCCAAUCGGGCCAGCACCCCUGCCAGAUUUGAACCGGAUUUUCCAAGCGUUACUUGGCAAGGAAGUGAUGGUCCAGAUGGAUGAAGCCAUCGGUUGCCGACCAGAUGCACUUGUUGCCGCUGUUGGCAGUGGAUCGGGAGCAGUCGGGCUCUUUGGCCCAUUUGUGACUGAUCCUUUGGUUCGCCUAGUCGGCGUUGAGGGUGCUGAUACUGCAGUGUUAAGCGCAGGUUCACCUGGAGUUCUCCAGGGGGCGCGUACACUAGUGCUACAAGAUCACAAUGGUCAAAUUCUUGACUCCCAUUCCAUCUCGGCAGACAUGAACAUUUCAACUGUGGGCCCUGAAAUUGCCCACUGGAAGACGAUUGGCCGCAUGGAAAGCGUCCUUGCAACCGAUGCGGUUGCUCGGGCAGGGUUCCGGCUUUUGGAAAGGUAUGAAGGUAUUCGGCCAGGCCUUGACUGCAGCCACGCUGUGGAAACGACAAUGAGGAUCGCGAAAGAACUUGGGCAAGGAAAACACGUGGUUAUGUUAUUGACCGGUGACGAUAGCGGCAAAAGUAUCAGAUCUCAGCUAGUCAGGGAGAUCUAG